GCAUGGCGGACGCGACAAGCGGCGGCGGCGGCGGGGUACAGUACACAGGCAGGCAGGAUGAUCACUGCAGCGCUCUGCACAAAGCUUGGCGACCCUCUCACUGUCACGGAGGUGCCCGCGCAAGGCAAGCUCGGCCUGACAGAGGUUAGAAUUGCCGUAAAGAAUGCGGGAGUGAAUUUCGCCGACGUGCUCACGGCUCAGGGAAAGUACCAGGUGAGGGAGAAGCCACCCUUUACAUCAGGUAUCGAGUUUUCGGGGGAGGUGGUCGAGGUGGGUGCAGACGUGAGCAGGUUCACCGCUGGCGAGAAGGUGGUGGGGCUCUGCAUGGGUGCGUUCGCGACGGAGCUGGUCGCCCCGCAGGAGCGCGUGUGGUCGCUCUCUCACACCAUAUCUCUAUCUAUUACAACCUCCGUCUCUCCAUCUCUCCAUCUCUAA